CUCUGAAGACGCUGAUAAGAACUCAAGGACUCUGAUAGGAGAAAGAAACAUCUCAGUUGGACAUUUCACAAACAGAAAUUCCACUUCUAGGAAGACUUUGACUGCUUCAAUAGAUGGCUCCUUCUUCUGUGUCGUCCUGGCUUAGAAAACCAUAGAUUAUCCUCAGUUAAAUGGAGAUUCUUCACAGAUUCACUCUCAAGGAAGAGAAAAGCAUCUGAAUCCAAGUUAUAACCCAUGGGAGAGGAUUGAGUUAUUAAAACCCCUGUAGAUCUAGGCACAUUGACGGACUGUACCAUGAGGAACAAUACAAGCAGUGGGGUCUCUAAACAUGCUGGAGAAAAACACUGCAUGGAUAGGAUCAUUCUGGAUGAACUUAAACUAGAGGACGUAGCACAAUGGCAGAGGGAAAUCCCAGAGCCUUCUUUAAAGGAGAAGAUCCGUGACUCUUUGAGGUGCACUGUGGGACAGUGGAAGGUUUGGAUUCUAGCGUGGAUGCCAGUUCUGUCCUGGAUCCCCUGUUAUUCCAUCCGAGAGAAUGGACUUGGUGAUCUGGUUUCAGGCGUCAGUGUGGGAAUCAUGCAUCUGCCUCAAGGUAUGGCUUAUGCUCUUUUGGCUUCUGUCCCGCCUGUGUUUGGUCUCUACACCUCCUUCUAUCCUGUCCUGGUCUACUUCAUCUUCGGCACUUCUAAACACAUCUCCAUAGGAACUUUUGCUGUGAUUAGCAUAAUGAUUGGAAGCGUCUCGGAGCGACUGGCUCCUGACGGUCAUUUUCUUACCAAUGGGACAAAUGGAUUGGUGGUUGUGGACACAGAGGCACGAGAUCUGCAGAGGCUGAAAGUGGCUGCAGCAACAACAUUACUGUGCGGCAUUUUCCAAGUUUUGUUGGGUGUUGUUCGGUUUGGCUUUGUGGUCACAUAUCUCUCAGAGCCUUUAGUCCGAGGAUACACAACAGGAGCAGCCGCUCAUGCGAUCACAGCUCAACUCAAAUACAUGUUUGGAGUUUCACCCAGACGCUUCACUGGACCCCUGCAGCUGCUUUAUACUCUGGUGGAGCUGUGCGGUUUAUUACCGCAGACUCACGUUCCCACUUUAGUGGUCAGUCUGGUUUCUCUCACAGCUUUGGUUAUUGUGAAGGAGAUCAACUCCUGCUACAGUCACAGAUUACCCCUGCCCAUUCCCAUAGAGCUCAUGGUGAUCACUGCAGGGACUCUCAUUUCUCAUUAUACUGAAAUGAAGACUAUUAAUGGUGUUGACGUGGUGGGAGAAAUUCCCAAAGGGCUGAUGCCCCCCAGAGUCCCGGAGGUGUGUUUCUUUUCGUCAGUGGCAGGAGAUGCAUUUGCUGUGGCUGUGGUGGGAUAUGCCAUUAGCAUUUCUCUGGGCAAGAUUUUUGCUCUCAAACAUGGAUAUAAAGUUGACAGCAAUCAGGAGUUGGUGGCGUUGGGUCUCAGUAACACCAUUGGUGGAUUCUUUCAGUGCUACGCCGUCACUUCCUCAAUGUCUCGCAGUCUCAUUCAGGAGAGCACAGGGGGAAAAACACAGGUGGCUGGAUUAAUAUCUGCUGUUAUUGUGCUCAUUACUGUUUUGAAGCUUGGUCCACUUUUUGAGGAACUGCCCACAGCUGUCCUGUCCACCAUUGUGUUUGUGAAUCUGAAAGGGAUGUUCAUGCAGUGUCGGGAUCUUCCAGCUUUGUGGAGGAGCAACAAAGUAGAUCUGCUGGUGUGGCUGGUCACGUUUCUCUGUACGGUUCUGUUGAAUCUGGAUCUGGGUCUGGCAGCUUCCAUCACAUUCACACUGCUCACUGUCAUCUUUAGGACUCAGCGUCCCAGGUACUCUUUACUUGGCAGAGUUCCUGACACAGAACUGUACUUAGAAACAGAGUCAUAUAAGGCGGCUAAAGCAAUCCCAGGUAUCACCAUCUUCCGUUCUUCUACAAUGAUCUACUAUGCAAAUGCCGAACUCUAUCAUGAAGCCUUGUUGGAGAAGAGUGGAAUUAAUAUUCCGAAGAUACUCGAGCUGAAAAAAAGGAAGGAGGAAGAGGAGAAGUCAAAAAAGGGACAAGCGAAGGAUCAAGAUAAGCAGACUGGAGUUUUGAGAGAGUUAUUGAACAGGAUGCUGGUCUCUCUGCACCACCAUGAAACUGACCACGAACACAUUGUCAAUGACACCAGCAUAGCAACAGUAACCCAGGGUAACACGAACUGCAGUUUCCAGUCAGAGCAGGUUACAGAGGAGCAGGAAUGGGGCAAAACAAACACACACUCCUCCAGCUGCGAACAGACACACUCCAUCAUCCUAGACUUCAGUUCUGUCAGCUUCAUCGACACAGUCACCCUCAAAACAAUCCAGAAUAUAUGUCGAGAUUAUGCCAAGGUAGAUGUCACUGUUUACAUUUCUGGAUGUCAAGCGUGUGUGGUCCAGCAGCUGGAGCGAGGUGGAUUCUUUUCAGGGUCAGUCUCAAAAAGACGACUUUUCCCUUCUAUCCAUGAUGCGGUGCUGCACUGCCUGUCUAACAGAGAUCUGUCCAGCUCUGAAUCAGCACUGGAAUCGCCCUGCAUCACAAGGCUGUGACCAGUAGAUGUCAGUCUGAAGAUUCUGUUUUAGUUUCUAAUGACACUAUGCUCUUGGAUAUUGUUAUACCACAAAAAAACCCAUUAGUCAUUUUCAGAUGUACUGACAAAUCUCAGUGUCAGACGUCAUGCCCUUGGACCCCCAGUUGCAUGUCUGUCAUAAGACAUACAAGAUAAGAAACACUUCAGGAACUGACAUACUUGCUUACAAUGUUUAUUCACAUUAUGGUAGUCGGCAGAAGGGAAGUGCCGUAUCAAAACAGUGGUUGGCGCACAGGAUAGUAGAUGUCAGCGCCCUCGCCUAUCAGUGCCAAGGUGAACCGUGUUACCCAAGGGGUGAGAGCAAACUCAACAAGAAGUGUUGUGUCCUCCUGGGCUUUAGCACCUCUCAGUUUAUCAUAUGUAGCGUUCCCCCCUCUGGUUAGGGCUAGCCCAUAUGUCCAUAUUGCCAUCAGGUCUCCCCAUUUGCGUAGCAGGUGGCCUUCGCAGGCUUACAGAACUCUUGGUGAACUCUUGAUGCCUAUUAAAAUGAAUAAAUUAGAUAAGACACAUUAUUAUAACAUUAACCACAUCUUGUGGUUAAUGUUAAGAAACUUCUGAAUAUUUUUAUAUAUUGUCAUAUAAUAAUAAUUAUUGUUAUUAUUAUA